AUGCGCGCCCAAAGGCGGGCCCAAGAGGAUGCCCACGGGCGCUCCCUGCCCUACCGCCGGAGGCCAGCCGGGAAGCUGGAGUCUCCACCCCCAUGUCUCCCCCAGCCCACAGCCUGCCCUUUCCCCUACUGCCUCUGGCCUUGGCCCCCGGCCUCCGAAGUCCACCGGGACCCAGGCGUCCGGCAGCGAGGGAAUCCUGCCCUCAUGUUGCAGAUGAGAGGGGACAGGAGGACUCAGGUGAGAGAGGGAGGCAUACAGCUAGGAGACCCGGGGGACAGGGGAAGCCAGUUGCGAGGCCCAGGUGAGUGGGGGAGACAUUUCGGGGAGCAGGAUGUACAGUUUGUGACCAGAGGGGAUAAGGAGAUGCAGCCGGGGAACAGUACUAUGGAGCUGAGAGACAGAGGGGUGUACCUGUGGGAGAGGAGUGUACAAUUGGGGGAUCGAGAGGAGAGGGCCAGGCAGCUGGGGGACAGAGGGGAGAGGGGGCUGCCUUUGUGGGAGAGGGGGGUACAGCUGGGGAGUAGAGGGGAGAGGAGGAUACAGCUAGGGGAGAGAGGGGUACAACUGGGGGACAGUGUGGAGAGAGGAUUCCAUUUGUGGGAGAGAGGCAUACAACUGGAGGACAGAGAAGACAGCAGGGGACCACUGGGAGAAAGGGAGGCACAGCCAGGGGACAGAGGGGCAGAGCUGGGACAGGGAGGGGCCCAUCUGGAGGACAGAGGGGAGAGGGGGCUGCAUUUGUGGGAUGGAGGCCAAAUGAUGCAGCUGGGAGACAGAGAGGAGACAGGGGGCAUGCUGGGAGAACUUCAGGGAAGGGGGAGACCAGCUGGGGCCAGGGAAGACAGGGCAGGGGCUAGGAAGCGGCCCAGGAGUUCCUCGGAAGAGGAAGAUUGGGAGCUGCUGUCCAGGUUCCGGGCCGUGUGUGGGCCGGAGCUGGCUGGCCUGGUGGCUGAGGAGCUGACCUUUGCUCGGCAGCACGGGGUCAGGGGCUUCCGCUGGACUGGCACGGGCUACACUCUGCAGGAUGGGACCUCGGACUUCCUCCUGGACGCAGCCUUGACCCGCUGUAGCUGCUCCAUCCACGCAGCCCGACACCUCCCCUGCCGACACCUCUUCGCUGCCCGCCUCGUGGUGGGAGCUGCCUUGUUCCACAUGGACCUGCUCAGGGACAGCUGGGGAGGGGCCCCUGAGCCUUGAGCCUUGGAACUUGCUCCCCCCUGCCCACCCCCACCAGCAGGAUGCCGAC